ACCAGAACUUGAGAGAGUCCGAAAAGCAGGCACAUUCCCUCGCCUUUCUUAAAGCCCAAAUCCGUUGAAACUUCGCAACUUUACAAUCAAACAAACCCACCAAAAUUUUUUUAAAAAAAAGAAAAAUCUCAAUUCUUUUCACUUCAAUUCUCAGAAAAUUCCGAAAAGCUCUUAGCUUUCCUGUACUCUGAUUGGAUCUCAUCCAUUCCACGUAGCAUUGACAUUGUUUGAUCUCUAAUAAUAAUGAUGGAGAGGGCAGAGUCGGGGCAGAAGCUAUAUACACGAAUGCGUCUAUGGGAAUUUCCUGAUCAGUAUGUUAUUGAACCUACUGAUGGAUCUUCUGGUUCUCCUUUGGCUGUUACUCGAGCUGAUGGCUCCAUGAAGCUCAUUGAUGGAGUUCCUGAGUGCAGCUCUCUUCGUGUUCCUAAGAUUAAGACUAUUUUUGGUGUGGUUGGGAUGCUUAAGCUUGUGGCAGGGUCAUACUUAAUUGUUAUAUCGGAACGCGAAUGUGUUGGAUCGUACUUGGGACAUCCUAUCUUCAAAGUUACUUCUUUGAAGAUUUUGCCUUGUGAUCAUUCUGUGAAGAAUUCCUCUGCUGAACAGAAAAAGGUGGAGACUGAAUUCUCUGCACUCCUUAAUGUUGUAGAACGGACUCAUGGCCUGUAUUUCUCUUAUGACACCAAUUUAACUCUGAGUGCACAGCGUUUGCAUGAUUUGGGUGAUGAAUCUAAGCUACUCCCUCUUUGGAGACAGGCAGAACCCAGGUUUCUUUGGAACAAUUAUAUGCUGGAAGUGCUCAUAGAUAACAAGCUUGAUCCAUACCUGCUACCUGUUGUCCAAGGAAGCUUUCAGAACUUUCAAACUGCCAUAGGGAAAGAAAUAGUUGAAGUUACUCUCAUCGCUAGGAGAUGCACCAGGAGAAAUGGCACUCGCAUGUGGAGAAGAGGAGCUGAUUCUGAUGGUUAUGUUGCUAAUUUUGUGGAAAGCGAGCAAAUUCUGCAGAUGAAUGGAUUUACAGCAUCAUUUGUUCAGAUUCGGGGAUCAAUGCCAUUUCUGUGGGAGCAGAUUGUUGAUUUGACAUAUAAGCCUAAGUUUGAGAUUGUCAGACCUGAGGAAGCUGCUCGAGUGGCAGAGCGGCACUUUCUGGACUUGAGAAAAAAGUAUGGAAGAGCAUUGGCUAUUGAUCUUGUCAAUAAGCAUGGAGGUGAGGGACGCUUAAGUGAAAAAUUUUCCAGUACAAUGCAACAAAUUGCUAGUGAUGAUGUAAGAUAUCUGCACUUUGAUUUCCACCAUAUCUGCGGGCAUAUUCACUUUGAGCGUCUUUCUAUCCUUUACGAGCAAAUUGUGGAUUUCCUUGAGAAAAGCGGGUACCUUUUGUUAAAUGAGAAGGGUGAGAAAACCAAGGAGCAAUCUGGGGUUGUAAGGACCAACUGUAUUGAUUGCUUAGACCGUACAAAUGUCACACAGAGCAUGAUUGGUCGAAGGAUGUUAGAAAUCCAACUUAGAAGAAUUGGUGUUUUUGGUGCAGAGGAAGCUAUUAGUUCACAUCCGAAUUUUGAUGAUUGUUUUAAAAUAAUGUGGGCCAAUCAUGGGGAUGAUAUAAGCAUUCAAUACUCUGGAACUCCUGCUCUAAAGGGAGAUUUUGUAAGAUGUGGCCAGCGGACAGCCCAAGGAAUCGCUAAAGAUGGCUGGAAUGCCCUUGCUCGCUAUUACUUUAAUAAUUUCUCUGAUGGUACAAGACAGGACGCAAUUGAUCUUGUACAUGGGCAUUACAUCGUUUCUGUUAGCCGGGAUAUGACCCCUCCAUCUCAAGCAGGAGGCGUUGAGAGUAUUGCGUCUUUUCCGCUGGCUUUUUCGUUGAUCUUGAUCGGAUCAUUCUUUGCCCUGAUGUCACUUCGGCAAGUUCCAUAUGGUUUUCGGUACUUUUUCUUCUCAAUGAUGUGGGCAAGCUUUACUGCCGGUAUUGCAGCAUUUGUUAAGGCACAUGGACGAGUUUUCUGCAAUCGGCCUCGUCUGCAUAAGCCUCGGCAUUGAUUAUUGUUUAAGAACACCUGGAAAAUAUCCCCUGUGAGAUUCUUAGCUUGGUGCUUAUUUUCAUUCUUUCAUAAUUUUUUUAGCCCACGUAGCUUUGAUACUUGAUCAAUUGUAUCAGGUUGUUCCAUGAUUCCCAUUUGAGCAGUUGGCCUGAUGCCAAUUUCUUCUUUUUCCUUUUUUUUUUCCCCCUCUCUUUCAUGUAUCAUAGGUGUUUCUUUUUUCCUUGUUCAAGGUCGAAAUGUUUAGGUGGUAGUUACAAGAAUUGUUUAAACACAAUUUUUCACUUACCUGCCAUGGCCAAAGUUGAUGUAGUAAUUGUAAUUCUCUAUAACACUUAACGUCAUUUUUAUCUUUAAGCAAUUGAAAAUUUUCAGCUCUUGCUACUUUUA